GUUGGACAGAAGUGGACGGACGCUGCAGCAGAGUCUGAUGCUUGUGGUUUGUGUUUCAGACGCAGACAGCAAGUGUUCCUGAGAGCCGACGACACACCUGCUGCUGCCCUGCCCUCCCUACAGCGCUGAGUGUGUAUCAGAGCGCCAGAGAAACCAAUGCAGCGGCACGCUCAGCUCAGAGACACACACCGCGAUGCAGUACAGGAUGCAUUGCUGCAGUUGGCCUCCAUUGUUGAUGUCGACAGCCUUCAGACGACCAUCAAAGAUGUGCUCAGAGUCGUCCUGCCAGACCAGGAGUGUGUGUUCGUGUACCUGUUGGAGGCGGAGUCUCGGCUGCGAUGUGAGGAUCCGCCCCAUGAGGUGCAGUCAGAGGGCAAGCUCAGGUAAGGG